AGCACCAGAAUUACGUACCGGUAAGCGACUGUACUGGGAGAAGAACGCACAGAGCAUAAAUGAAGCGUAGGGACUAUUCAAGUCAAAAGCUCAAGCUGCUGUACUAAGCAUUUCAAGAUGGUUUUAGAAACUAUUUCGAGGAUAAUAAAAGUUCAGCUCCCAGCAUACCUGAAGAAGCUUCCCCUUCCGGAGACGAUCGGCGGAUUUGUAAGGUUAACAGUGUCCGAAUGGCUGCGGUUGCUGCCUCUGCUGGGCAUCUUGGCUCUGCUAGGCUACAUGACCAUUCGGCCCUUUUUUCCCAAGAAGAAGAAGCAGAGAGACUGUCUGAUCAACCUGAAGAUUCAGAAGGAGAAUCCCAAAGUGGUCAACGAGAUAGACAUUGAGGACCUUAACAGUGCAAAUGUGUGCUACUGUCGCUGUUGGCGCUCCAAAACUUUUCCUGUUUGUGACAAGUCACACUUAAAGCACAACGAGCUGACUGGAGACAACGUGGGACCACUCAUACUCAAGAAGAAGAUCCUAUAAUAGACCACCUACUUGGAGAUUUCCCUCUCCCCAGUAUUUAGAUUACAUUUAUUUACACUGAAAUCAUUUAUUUGCACGUACAGGUGAGAAAUUUAGUGUCAUGCAGUCAUCAUCUGAAGUAGUCCUGAUAUAGUGACAAAGGAAUGGUUAGCCUUUUUUGUGGUUUCAGCAGACUCACUUACAUACAGUGGGUACGGAAAAUAUUUACACCCCCUUAAAUUUCUCACUCUUUUUUUUAUGUUGCCGGCAUUUGCUAAAAUCAUUUAAGUUCAUUUUUUCCCACAUUAAUGUACACACAGCACCCCAUAUUGACAGAAAAAAACUGAAUUGUUGAAAUUUUUGCAGAUUUAUUAUAAAAGAAAAACUGAAAUAUCACACAGCCAUAAGUAUUCAGACCCUUUGCUCAGUAUUUAGUAGAAGCACCCUUUUGAGCUAAUACAGCCAUGAGUCUUUUUGUGAAUUUUUUUGGGGGAAGUUUUUCACACCUGGGUUUGGGGAUCAUCUGCCAUUCCUCCUUGUAGAUCCUCUCCAGUUCUGUCAUGUUGGAUGGUGAACGUUGGUGGGCAGGCCUUUUCAGGUCUUUCCAGAGAUGCUCAAUUGGGUUUAAGUCAGGGCUCUGGCUGGGCCAUUCAAAAACAGUCUGAAGCCACUGUAUUUUAGCUUUGUGCUCUAUUUUAACAAUGAGUGAAACAUUUAAGGGGGUCUGAAAACUUUCUGUACCCACUGUGUGUGUAAAUUAGAUAUUGGUCUCUCUGGAAGCUUUCAUAAAUCAGUGAGACCACUUUGAAAGUACAACAUACAGUAAAUGCAGUGACUUGAUGUAAUGGCCUUUAAUAAGUAUAAAUGUCCAAGGGCAACAAUUUCCCUCUAUUAGAUGUGAAGUAAAACUGCUAUGCAGUCUGUAAUCUCAUUGUGCUACAAACUACCAAUUUUAGCCACCUUGUUGAGUUAUUGUGACAACCAGGCCUUUUUCCUUCAUUGUGACUGUGUACCAAAUUUAAACUAUUGCAAUAUGAAAUACUCAUGCAUAAAUUAUUAUUUGGGAAACUCA